AUGGGAAGAGAAGUGGUUGAGUCGGUGAGCAGCGAUGCAUCAUCUGAUGAAAGGAUUUGCGUGGCUCCCAAGAUAGCUGCAGAGGAGGAUUAUGAGGUCAAGGAAUGCACCGACGAGGAUUCUCUCUCUGAUAAUCAUUCAUCUCCUAAUGCAACCACAGAGCCGUUGAAACCAGAGAACCAUCAGGAUGAAGAAGAUGAUUGUUCUGUUGCUGCAGCAUCGCUGAGGAAUGGCAAGUCUAGAGUAACUCAUGGAACCGCUCCACGGUUUAGGUGUGCCCAACGAGCUGAGAAACGCAGAGAGUAUUACCAAAAGCUUGAAGAGAAACACCAAGCACUGGAAGCUGAGAGGAACGAGCAAGAACAAAGGCAAAAGGAAGAACAAGAAGCAGCCAUUAAGCAGCUUAGAAAAAACCUCAAGUUUAAGGCUAAUCCCGUUCCUAACUUUUAUUACCAAGGACCUCCAGCGAAACCAGAGCUCAAGAAGUCUCCUUUGACGCGUCCUAAGUCGCCGAAACUGAAUCUGUCUCGGAGAAAGAGUUGCGGCGAUGCGAUUAGCUCGUCCGGUGAGGAGAAUCCGAAGUCAGUCUCUACACGUAACCGACACAGCGUCGGCAGAACAGAAUCGAAGCCAGUGAUGGCGAAUGAAGAAGCUACCGUAGAGGAAGGCGUUUCCAAUUCCAUAGCCUAA